AUGCUUACAUGGGAUUCACAGCUUAUCACUCAGUCAGACAGGCGAUGCACUUGGAUCGACGGAUACGAGGUAGACAACUUUGAAAUAUUCGCUGUAACUCCGCUACAGUUAGCAUGCUACGCCGGCAAAUGGGAAAUUAUCAAAAUACUUCUCUUGCCUGAGUACAAUGUUCCACUGACCGGUUUCCAUUAUCACAUGGCGAUACUAAACGCUACUAAAGGGAAACAUUUAGACAUCGUGAACCAUCUUGUGGACGUUGGGGAUUUAGAAUCCAUGCCGCCAGAAUUUCUUGACCGUUUCCGGCAUCGGAUGCUCCGCGUGGCCUGCGACAAUGGUGCUGUUGAUGUGGUCCGAAUGCUACUUAACAAGGGGGUUUCAGUUAUUCCGCUGGAUCCGAAGGGAUCCUCGUUGAUACUAGCAUGUCCCACGUCAAUAGCUGCUGGUCAUGGAUACGAUGAAAUUAUUUCUCUUCUUUUAGAAACGGGUCCUGAUCUAGAUCGUAUCUCACCGAAUCCGAGAACUUACGACGUUUAUACCCCCAUUCAAAAGGCAGCGAGGUAUGGACAUUUAAAGUCAUUGAAGCUGAUGCUGGAGACCUAUUCAAUAUCUUAUGAAUCCCAAGUCCUCUUUCACGCCAUUGUAGGCGGACAGGAACAUAUCAUCCGGUACCUUGCACAGGACGGUAUUUUGAACUAUGAGGAAAAGUUCGGUGAAGCAUCGGUUGGGUGUGGUCAUGCCGCUUUCACUUAUGAUUGGACCAGACCACUCGUUAAGGAACUUGGACUUCUUCUGCCACGAUAA